UCUGGACGCUGCUGAUACAAGCGCAAUGUUAGGUUUGAAAGUACGGACACUUUCACUCUUUUCUCCCCACUCUCUUCUUCUCCGCCAAACGCUACUCGCCACCCUCACCGUCCAAUUUCUGUAUCAGGAUGUCGUCGUCGUCGUCGCAGAUAAUCGAACACGUCGUCCUCUUCAAGGUCAAGGACGAGACGGAGCCGGCGAAGGUCUCCGACUGGUUGUCCGGACUCAACGGCCUGGCCUCUCUCGACCAGGUACUCCACCUCUCGGCCGGGCCCAUCCAUCGGGACCUAUCGUCAGCGUUCAAGUUCACUCACAUGCUUCACAGUCGCUAUAGCUCCAAGGAAGAUCUAAGUGGCUACUCUGGGCAUCCGAGCCACUUGAGAGUGGUGAAAGAGUUGGGUUCGCCGAUCUUGGAGGACCUGAUGGCCGUCGAUUGGGUGGCUGAUGAUCUUUCCGGACCGGUGGUGCCGCGGCCGGGGUCGGCGAUGAGACUGACGAUCAUGAAGUUGAAGGAGGGUUUGGGAGAUGAGGAGAAGGCGAAGAUCUUGGGAGCGAUCGGGGAUAUUAAGGAUUGUCUUGGAUCGUUAAAUCAGAUGACUUAUGGUGGGAAUUUCUCGCCCGGGAGGGCGAAAGGGUUUUCGAUUGCAUCGGUUGCGAUCUUUCCGGGAUUGAAUGAAUUGGAGGCCUUGGAUUCAAAUCCGGAAUUGGUGCAGUUGCAGAGGGAUAAGGUUAGGGACCUUUUGGACCGCGUGAUUGUGCUAGAUUACGUGGUUCCACCACCGCAAUCUGCUAGCCUUUCAUGAUUGCUCUGGCUAAGGUUGUAUUGCUUCAUGUUCUCACUUCUCACUUUCAUGGAUUUGGUAGCUUUUCAAAUAACGCCUAAUUUUGAAAGACAUUUUGCUUAUGUUAUCUUUCUUAAUGUUCGUCUCGACAUACUCAACAAGUAAAUUUGGAAAGACUCAAAUGAGGUUUUUCCAAGUCUUUUGGGCAUUAUGUGGAUAAUGGGAUCCAAAUGAGAAUAUGUUUUGGUCUAUUGAAGGCUUUGUUUUGUUUCAAUAUAAAUUUGGUUCUCAUGCUGGUUCUUGAAGAUUCAGGAGCUUUUUCCUUUCCAGGUCUUUAUUGCAGUGGGCGACAUAGCUUGGGGAGUGUGUUGUAUUUUGGCUGCACUGGCCCUUUCUCUUCCUUAUUCUACUUGUAUGCGUUAUAGCCUAUAGGUAGUCCACAGUAUUUUCCAGUAUGAUAUGUAUGCAUGCAUGAUUCACAAUCUCAUUCAUAGGAGUUCUUGUGGGUUGGGGAUAAGAAAGUCAAGAAUCUGAACAAUGUCUUUAUUUAGGAAGAGAA